UCAAAAUCUCCUCCCUUGUAAAUUCGUUUUUUAAAGCUCCAUUCUCCGUUAAAUACUAGUUUUUUAAACACAUUUUACGCGUCGUAAAUGAGUCGCGGAGGAGACUGUGAUGACGGCGGCGGCGGGAAGCGGAAGGUGGCGUACGUUUACAGCCGGGAGUACAUCGAGACUUGCGACAGUUUAUCCAAAGUGCCAAACCGGGCGAGUAUGGUCCACUCGCUGAUAGAAGCUUACGGACUCCUGGAGCACGUGAGCACCGUUAAACCUCAGCUGGCCUCCAUCGAGGACAUGGCCAAGUUCCACACAGACUCUUACCUGGAGCACCUUCACAAGAUCAGCCAGGACGGAGACAACGACGACCCGCAGUCGGGCGACUACGGCCUGGGUUAUGACUGUCCAGUGGUGGAGGGGAUCUAUGACUACGCGGCUGCAGUAGGGGGCGCUACACUCACGGCAGCCCAGUGUCUGCUGGACCAAACGUGUGAAGUGGCCAUCAACUGGGCAGGAGGGUGGCACCAUGCCAAGAAGGACGCGGCGUCGGGUUUCUGCUACGUGAACGACGCCGUGUUGGGAAUCCUGAGGCUGAGGGAGAAGUACGAGAGAGUGGUCUACGUGGACGUGGACCUGCACCAUGGAGACGGUGUGGAAGAUGCCUUCAGCUUCACCUCCAAGGUCAUGACCGUCUCCCUGCACAAGUUCUCUCCUGGAUUCUUCCCAGGUACGGGUGACGUGUGUGACACGGGGCUGGGUAAAGGCCGGUGGUAUGCCGUGAACGUCCCGCUGGAGGACGGCAUCAAGGACGACAGAUACUUCCAAAUAUUUACAAGCGUGAUGCAGGAAGUGCGCGCGCAGUUCAACCCGGAGGCCGUGGUGAUGCAGCUGGGGGCCGACACCAUGGCGGGGGACCCCAUGUGCUCCUUCAACAUGACCCCGGUGGGGGCGGGCCAGUGUCUGCAGCACGUCCUGGAGUGGCAGCUCCCCACCCUGCUGCUGGGGGGAGGUGGUUACAACCUGGCCAACACGGCUCGCUGUUGGACCUACCUGAUGGCGGCGGUGCUCGGAAAGACCCUCUCCUCCGAGAUACCGGACCACGAGUUCUUCACAGAGUACGGGCCUGACUACUCCCUGGAGAUCAGUCCCAGCUGCAGACCGGACCGCAACGACACCAAGAGCCUGGACCGGGUCCUCAGCACCAUCAGAGGGAAUUUAAAGAAUGUGGUUUAGGAGUCGACCCUCCUCCUCCUCCUCCCCCCUCCUCUCUCUUCCCCCCCCUCCUUCCUCCUCCCCCCCUCCCCCCUCCUUCCUCCUCCUCCUCCUCCUCCUCCCCCUCACACAAACACACUCCAUGUUCCUAAUGAAGACAACAUGGACCCUUUCGGCCCGAGGCUCUUGAGGAUGAAGGAAAACAUGAGCCGAGUGUUUCCAGGGAAACAGUUUAAUAAGGGGGGGGGGGGGGUUAUAACCCCCUUUGUUUUGGGGAAGUUCAGUGUGUGUGUGUGUGAAACUGAAUUCACAGUCAAUGCACCUCGGUUUUUCUAUUUUUUUUUAUCAAAGUUUGUUUUGUGUUAUUUUAAAAAAAGACAAACUGAUUCUUUUUAUUUCGGGAUGCUUCCUGUUGGAGCGCCGAAAGAGACGAGUUCCCUCAAACGCCUCGCUGCAGAGCAAACGUCCGGAAGGCCAACAACUCUAAUAGAUCAAACACAGGAGGUGAGACGGAGUCAACAACAACAAACAAACAAACAUGGCCGCCAGGUCUUUGCGGCAACGUUGCGCAAUCCCUCAAUGUUAGUGGAAUGAAGAGCGACUCUUUCUACUGCGUGUUGUUGUUGUUGUUGUUGUGGUGGUGGUGUUCCCACGUUUCAGACUCCACCCUCCAGACUUUAAAGUGCACCAUCACACUUUUUCAUUUUCAGACUUCAUUCAUAAAAUAUGUUACUUUUUAUUUGUAUUUGUUUUGUAUAUUUUCCAAGAGGUUUUAAUGUUUUCUCUUGAAGCUGAAAGAAAUAAAAAGUUAAAGUUAAACGCUGAAACACUUUAGAAUCCUUAGAUCAAUAAAAAAUACAUGAAAUAAAUAAA